GCGAAUAUCUGAGAUGACAUCAGUGGCGUUGGUCUUUCUGGCACUGCUCACUUGGAAGGUGUCACUGGGCAGCUCUCGUCAUGUCUACCGUGAAGGCUCCAAUAUGUCGCCUCAUGUUCUCCAUCAAACUAAGCUAGCCUGUGACAGGAUCUUCUUCAGAAGAAAUGCUACAUUGAAGAACACACACCUUGCUGGACUUCUGAUGCACGAUGAUCAAGAAGAAAUAACUGCAAGGAAGCAGCAUACAUUCCGACUAUUGCGUCUUCAGCCGAUUAAAAAUGUGUUGAUGCAUAUAAACGGCAAAUAUUCCAGCAGACAUCUGAUUGGCAGCAGGUUUAUCAUCUUGGACCUCCAAAACGUGGACGAUGACCCCGAUCACAUCAUCGAGGAAAGAUCAUUCCGGGAAAGUCGUACGUGGUUAUCCGCAUGUGUACUCCAGCUCAAGUUUGGGGACGGAGGAAUCCUCAGGGUUGACAUCCGGGUCUGCUGUACCGUUAUUGCAGAUCCGGUCAGGAACCUUUCCAACUCUCUCUCCAAAAGGUUCCUUUCUCACAAGAUCAGACACAAUCAAAUUCAGCCCAGGGAGGUCCGAUACCAGCAGAUGGGUCGGGAGGGUGUUUCUGGCCGCUGUUUUACUGGCGUGGCUUCACAUCACCAGAAUGAAAACAUCACCGAUCAGAACCGGCAACACCACCAUUGUGACGUUUCUUUCUUUGAAACUAUGCUGGAUUCCAUCGCCUGUUAG